CACAUGCGCCGCUUAUCGUUACAUCAAAAUCAUGCAGCAGUCACAUAUCUACAUUCAUAUUUCAGUGCAAUAUGUGUGUUUGUGUUAUCAGUAGAGAUGCUGAGUCAUGCAUAUUACAGUGGAUAUGUGCGAUCCUUUGCCGUCAUGCACCUAAUGUUUCACGCGAGACUUUGAGAAGUAUGUUGGAUUUAUGAGUAAAUGAUGGGUCAAAAUGCAAGCUACACUGAAUACGGGUCAUGGAAAAUCUAGAAAACUCAACAGAUUGCAAGGAGACUGUGUCUCCACUAAACAAUUCAGGUUCUGUACUGAACAGCACUAUCUCCCGUCGUGAUGGCAAAGCGAUGGGGUUUGUGCUGGUGCAUGCAGGGGCAGGGUAUCAUUCAGAAUCCAAAGCCAAGGAAUACAAACAUGUGUGCAAGAGAGCUUGCCAGAGAGCUGUGGACAGGCUCAGAGCUGGAGGAAUGGCACUGGAGGCAGUGACAGCAGCUCUUAUAGAGUUAGAGGACUCCCCGUUCACCAAUGCGGCUACCGGAUCCAACUUGAACCUCUCAGGUGAGAUCGAGUGUGAUGCCAGCAUCAUGGAUGGGAAGACCUUAAACUAUGGAGCUGUUGGAGCCUUGAGCGGAAUCAAGAACCCAGUGCUGGUAGCCAAAAGACUAUUAAGUGAAACUCAGAAAGGGAAACUUUCAGCUGGCAGGAUUCCUCCAUGUUUCUUAGUGGGCAGAGGAGCAGAACAAUGGGCCAUCAGCCACGGUAUCCCAGCAUGCCCUACAGAAAAGAUGACCACCAAGUUCAGUUUGUCAGCCUACAAGAGAAACAAGAGGAAGAUGGAGCUGGCGGAGCAGGUUGAGACGAAGAGGAGACGACAAUCAAGUGGACUCGAGAACGAUUUUGGCUGCCUGGAGCCGGUAGGAGACAUCAUGGUGCAAGGUGAGGUGAAUAACUCAGCCUGUCUGGACACAGUAGGGGCGGUGGUGGUAGAUCAGGAAGGGAAUGUGGCGGCUGCGGUUUCCAGCGGAGGUCUGGCCAUAAAGCACCCGGGUCGAGUGGGACAGGCUGCUCACUAUGGAUGUGGCUGCUGGGCUGAAAAUGCCCGUGACGUCAGCCUUUACUCUACAGCUGUGAGUACCUCAGGCUCUGGGGAGCACCUGAUUCGCACCAUGUUGGCCAAAGAAUGCUCAACCGCCAUGCAGGCUGAAAAUGCACACCAGGCCCUACUGGAGGCUAUGCAAAACAAGUUCAUCAGCUCGCCGUUCCUGGCUGGCGAGGACUGUGUUCUGGGUGGAGUCAUUGUUCUGAGGUGCUGCACAUGUGAAGACCAGAGGUCUGAAGACAUCCAGGCUCUGCUGGUGGAGUUUCUGUGGAGCCAUACUACAGAGAGCAUGUGUGUGGGAUACAUGUCUGCCCAGGACAGUAAAGCCAGGACUCACAUAUCCAGACUUCCUCCUGGGGCAGUUGCGGGACAGUCACUGGCAAUUGAAGGUGGAGUUUGUCGCUUGGGGGCUUCAAGUGACUGAACCAGUGUGAUAUCAUCCUCUAUUUCUGCAGCAAUAUGUAGGCGCUGGGAUCUUCAUAGCAAAAGCUUGACAUUCUCAUUAUAUAGCACAGUUAUCAAGGGGAAAGAGGUUGCAAUAUGUCCUCUCUUUCAUCUCUGUCUUUGUCUCUCUUUCUUGCACACAUAUACACACAUUAAUUCUUUUCAUGGUGAUAUUAAUUCUAAUUAAAUUAUUUAUUCAGUCCUUAUAUAAACCAACCCCCUUUUCUUUUCUUUUUUUACCCAUUUCAAGCUGCAUACAUGGGUUAACUGUCACUUGAGAGAGGGACAGAGUUGGCAGGGUUAUUUACCUAAGGCCUCUGCCAAGUGCACUUCAGGACUAGUGCACUGCUCUGGUUUUCCUGGGCUUCCAAGAAACUUUUAACUUUAGUACGUACUGGACAAGUCUUGAUGCUCCAUUUCUAUUCCUCCCUUUGGAACAAUAUGCAACAUCCUGACCUUUGUAAAUAAGCUAUGGGUUGUUGAAACAGGGUGGCCAUUGAUAGUAACAGCUUAUUGUUUAUUUUUUCUUCAAUACUUGACGUGUAAUAUUACUUUUACUAUUUUGUUUUUAUAUAUAACUGAAAUUCUUGAUUUGUGCUAAGGUCAGUUUAGUAGCUCAAAAUAAAGGUCUGAGCAGUUUCGAGAUAUUUGAUAUCGUGUGCUUGAAGUGAGUCUGGUUGAGUCGCAAGUGUAUACGUAGCAUAGAUUUGAAACACUUUUUGAAAUUACAGGUUUCACUCUUUCAUUUGACUUAAAUUAAGCUAUGUUUAUCAGUUUAGUUAAAGAGUUGGACUAUUAUAAAAUCUAAUUGUAUGCACUAUUGAAAAUGUAUUAAUUCAUACUUGUUACAGUUUAACCACAUAGUCAAAGGCAGUAGGAUCUUUUGACAAAACUAGAUGCACAUGCACUUUUGCCCAGCGUCUUACUAAAUAAGUGCACUACUCUGACUAACUGCACUGCUUGUGAGUGUACCAAGAGAACUACAGUUACAUGCCCAGUUCCCCUGAAUGGUGCAUGUUGAGCAAUCCAGUAUGCAUUAAUUUUGUGUACCAAGAGUUCACUUGACCUUGUUUGAAAGCUGCAUAGUGUACUUGUGUGGUUGAGCUGUAUUAAUAGGUGAACAGCUUUGUGCUUGUGUUGUCUAAUGCCAUGUGUAGUGCUCAGGAGAUAUAAGAAGACCCCCCAAAAAAAGCUAAAUAAGACUGUUAGUCCAUCUUUGAAAUGCAAAAUAUAUUUGAACCCAGAUAAAAUAGGUCUGUAUUUUAUAACUGCAGAAAAGUGAGAGGAUCUCUAAAAUGUAUUUAUAAAUGACACUGAAUCAGUUAUGUUGAAGGUUAUUAUAAUGAUGAGGAUGUUUUGUUAAUGAAACUGAUGUCUAAGAUGAUUCUGAUGUUUAGAUCUUUUAGUUAAAUCUCUAGCAGUUCUAGAUAAGUGUGAUCUUAUGACAUUGAUUUAUAUGCUAUUUAGUUUUGCUUGACCAUGCAUUUUACAUCUGUAAACAUUUACAACAGCAGAUUGUACUUACCUCUUGCUAUUGUAAUGCUCAAUAAAACUGAGACAUGAUCCAUAUGACAAA